AUGACUGUAGUCCAAUCUCUAGCUUCACCGGCCUUUGUGUUUCCGGACCCCAAUGUGGACACGAUCCGAUUUGAUUCGGGUUCGUCAUCUCUCUCAUCGUCAUUUUCUGAUAGCACAACCUCGUAUUUGGGGUCAACCAGGGGGAGUGCUUCUGGAGCAGGAACUUCAUCGCGCAAAGAUGAAUCCAUUAACUCUUUUUCAAUGUACACUACUGAUUCCUUACAUAGUCAUUCGCAAUCGCAUCAGACAAAUAGCAUAUUGAAUGGCUCACCCACGUCAUAUUUUUCGCAUAAACCUUCAUCUUCACUAUCAACCCCACAUGAGGCACCAAGGGCGCUCAAUGAGACGCUACUCACUAUUGAUUCACUUCUCCAAAUCGACACCGCAGUAUUAACAGCUAAAUCAUCAGCUAAGAAUAGUGCUACUCAGCUAACACAAUAUCUCAUCCACUACAAUAUUGUGCACCGUUUACAUGUAUCAUUGACACGAUUCCACUCAGCCUUGGCUGAAUCACCAUCUUCCCGAUACGAUUCCGCAAAGUUUUCAUCAUCUUAUCAACAAGCCGUCGAACAGUGCUCUCAACUACUAAGCGAGAGCUUCAAAGUAAGGCCGUCAAAUUUUCCAUCUGUGCUCCGCUACCGUCAACGGGAAUUGUUGAACUCAUUCCUCACAUUGCUCAAAUCUGCACCUUCUUUUAUAUCCACAGCUCUACUAUCAAUGUCAGCAUCGGAUUUAACAAACUUUGUUGGUGGAGCUAAUCAUGAUUUAUAUGAAGAUGUUUCAUCCCUGAAUCGAACGAGACCAUUAGAUAUUCUCUAUUAUUCAGUUUUUCCCCCUGAUACACUUCAGUCCCAGAAAAAGGAAUACUUUGCCGAUAUUUGUAGUGCUUUACUGGAACAUAAGAGAGGUACAAACUUCUGCUUUGCCGUUUUCGAUAGGAUUAUGAACGAUACUGGCCAUCCUUACACUAACGCAUUUGAGACCGUUCUCUAUACUCUACUCCAAGAGGGUAGUUUUCUUAGCUCCACUGCUCAAAAUGGUACUCGACCAAUCGGGGGCCACUCAUCUCCCGUAUCUGCCACUAAUUCAGAAUACCCGUCUCCCGAGUUACCAAAUGCUACACUUGCCUCUUCUUCGUCUUUUUCGUUAGCCACCGCCACGGCUGCUAGUGCUCGUCUUAGGCUCAGGAAAGCUUCUUCUUCAUCAGUAUCGUUAUCAUCCAGUGAUGAGCCUCUAGACAAUGUGUCACAAGAUUACCUCCGAAAUUCCGUCGAGCUCAUCGUCGAGUUCAUUGAUAAUCAGUCUAGUGGUGCAAUUCCAGAGGCGUUUUUAAACUUUGUGAAGGUGGUGGUUGGCAAACUUCCUGAGGAGUCACAGAGAUCUUCCACUUUGCUUAUUGUUGUCAAAUACUUUUUCUCGGUACAUCUUCGCCGCUCUAUGAUCUAUCCGGAGAGACUGGGGAUGCUGUCUGAUUAUUACAUCAGCGAUGUACAGCGUAAGAAAAUAUUGGGUCUAGUAUUCAAUAAGUUAUAUAACUUGGUAAUGUCAUAUGCAUAUGGUGCCCAUCAGGAGGGGUCUGUGGUUAAUAGUUCACUACACGAGAAAACUAAGAAGCAUUUAGAAAGCAUCCUCUCAAGGUUUGAUCCCGAUGAACAAAAGUCACAUGCAAAUACAGCAGAAGGAACUUCGUCAACUCCAAUGCCAUCCUCAAUGUCUUCCCCCCUUCCUUCUAAAAGUUUGUACUGUUCUCCUGGACAACUUUUUGUGAUGACUCCCUCGGAUAUCGUAUGUCUAUACUCAGCCUUGUUUCCGACUUUUGCACUACGUCAACGUUCCCAAAACUAUAAUACACACGCAUUAAACGUUGACACUUCGAAACGGCCCUACAAUCCAUAUGGGGUUUCAUCUUCUGGAACAGGUCUACCUCAUUACUCUGAGAGUUCUUCGUAUACGCCAGGUGCUGGUACAGUUAGCGGGUCACAUUCCCAAACGGAAAGUUUACCGAGCCUAACUGAGGUUGAUCAAUCCUUUAAUGUUAACAGUUUUGAUCACGACUACGAAGAAGGUUCAGGUAGCUCUACGCCGCGUUUAGGGCCUAGCGAUGAUUGCGCCUGGAGCCUGGAAGAUAUUAAAACGGAUGUAGAACCGGUGAUUGAGGAGUUGAUCAAAAAAUUUCCAUACCUGCAGUUUAGAGACAAUUCGCAAUACUUGUAUUCUCUACGUCCUAGCAAAUUACAGACCUUCAGAGUUCCGAGCCCAACUUCGGAAAAAUGGCAUAUAUUUCAGGUGGGUAACGACAGCACUGUUCAUGAUGUUAGGCCCGAAUCGUUACUUGAGCAGGUAUACAAUGUGUCACAAGUCCCUGACUUGUCUACGUCUCAAGAAGUAGACGACAUGAUCUAUUCUUUGCCAGUUGCGCCGGCCAAUAGAGGGCUAGUGUCGGUUAUCAAAAGGGCCGUUGAAAAGAUUGUUUCGCAUAUCUCGAGCUCUCCAUAUCCGAGAUCUCAUCAAGAACUCCAUAUUAACAGUCCUAAUGAUCUGGAAUCGCUUUCAGACACUUCUGCGAGCUACUUGUCCGACCUCUUGGCAGAGUCUCUGGAAAAGAGCAUUGCUAAUAAUAAGUUCUUGGAUGCCAACGAAUAUUCCAAUGCCGCUAAUGCAUUAAGAAAAUUGCUACCCAGCUCAAUUAGUGCUACAUAUGCCCAGGUUGCAAUUGCUCUCAACAAUUAUGUUAUAUCACUUAUUUCGAAAGAAAAGACAUUUGCCCUUCAAAGGAUGCAGAGUCAGGCUAAAGCUUGUCAGGCCCAGAUUAUUCCCUUUGAAAUUCAGCUCGAAGCGGCUAAAAAGAGAUGUGAUAUCUUACUUGUUUACCUCGGAAAUUUGCGAACAAAAAUUUGGUAUUCUACGGAAGUAAGAAAUAGUUCUCUAUGGACACGUGCCAAAGAUGUGGCUCUGGCCCUCACAUAUGGGACGAACCCUGAAAUUGCCGAGUCUCCAGUUUCCCUAUAUUCUCCGAUGGCAUUUCCAUCAUUGAAGCGAAACAAUAGUUCUAGUUCGGUGUCUUCGCUCAGUGCGUUCUCUUUCAAGAGAUUCACCUCUGGUAAUUCCAAAAGGGAAUAUGCAAACAGUAGACGGCAAUCUGUCAUAGGUAGCCAGUUUCUUUCAGAAAAUGGAAUGUUCGCUCCUAAGGAGCUUGCCGGUGUUUACAAAUUGUCUGAUCGCGAAGCAGAGGCAACUAAGAAAUGGCUGCAGGGCCAGAAUAUUCAGAACUUCUGUACUGGUGAGGAGCGUAUUCACAGGUUUUGCUGCGAGGUUGAUGACCUUGUGAAACGCAUCAUGGGAGACGCAUUAGGAUCCCAACGUAAUAAAGGCCAUUCACUUUUGACUUCAAGCCUGUUAUUUCGAUAUGACUUAUGGAAGCUCAUAGUAGACGUCGAGGGUAGUAGUCGUUCUAGUACGCCUAGCAUCAAUCCGUCUUACGGACAUCGUGCCUCUAUUGGCGCGGUUUCAGAUAAUGAUUUGUCGGAUCUCGUUCACUUUCGAACUGUUCAAAGGCCUGCUGAUCGGUCGAGCUUUCGCGGUCAUCGAUCUCAAAAGUCGACUCCGAAUUUCAUUGAAGUAUUCAAUUCACUAGACCUGGGCAAACGGCCAAGUGAUGCCGAUGUACUGGAGUCACCCAGUACAUCAUCCUUCAAAGAAAAUUCUGCUCAUUAUCGCAAUAGAAGUUUGAAUGAGGCAUCCGGUAGUAAUGGCUCCAGUAGCAAUUUGGAUAGUGCAGAUUUUACCGCAAAGGAUGAAGCUUCACUACUUGAAGCUGACUCGAAGCGAAAUAAAUUGGACGAGACCAUUUUGGCUUUACAAAUGACGCUAACGAGUUUGAUUUACACGGAUGUUGGCGUGAAUUGUUUCUACGAUGGUAAGUAA